AUGAGCGCGAAGAUGGGGCGGGGGGAGGCACACGAUUCAGAAAAGACCUACAAAAUCACCUGUCCCAUGGAGCACCACAGGAGGCAGACUUUGGGGAAUAAAAUACCAAGCGUGCCACGAGGAGGAGGCGCUCCAGAGGAGGUGCUAACCCCAGAGGAGGUGCUCACCCCAGAGGAGGUGCUAACCCCAGAGGAGGUGCUAACCCCAGAGGAGGAGCUCCAGAGGAGGAGCCUCUGGUGCUUCUCCUCUGGAGCUACACACUUCUCGUCCUCUCCCCCUCUCAUCCUCUCACCCUGGCAGCCCCCCCACGUGCCGCGCUCUUCCGCUGGAAAGGCCAGGGCUAAUGCCAGAGAUGUCCAUGCGUCAGGAGUCCUGAUGGUGGUCGCUCUGUGCCUGAAAACCAAACGUUCAGGUUCCUCUCAGUCCAAGGAGGAGCUCACCACAGUCCAAGAGGAGCCAUCCAACAUCACCCUCCAAGGAGAGCUCCAUGGCUGCAACAUCACCCCCAGGGAGAGCUCCAUGGCUGCAACAUCACCCCCAGGGAGAGCUCCAUGGCUGAGGAGGAGCUCAGAGACAUUCUCACCAAGGGACAGCAGAUUGUCUUUGACCAACGAGCCCAUUGUCUGUUGCAACAAAAAGUCCCCUGGAAGAAUUCAGCUCCGAGGCUCUGGAACUCACCAUUGUAAGAAUACGCAGAUAUUAUAG